AUGUUGGAUUCUAAUCCAAAAAAAGACGACACCCCAGAAAUGGAUUCCCAACCCACAGCGAAAGCGUUGCACAAUCGCAUCAACACCAAUGUCUCGCAGCUGCUGCAGCGAUUCGAGAAUAUCAUGGCCACAGCUACAGUCGACAAUCCAAGCUACACUUCCACAGCUGUCGAAACCUACCAGCUAGACGUGGAAUCGACUGCGCUGAUCCGUGCCGCAGAGGAUAUCCUCGGACUUACCCGUACCAUGAAGGAAACCUGGCUCUUUGGCAAACUCGAUACGCUGGGCGAAGAUGAGCGUGAUAUUCAGCGUAGGGAGAAGCUUGAGGACGAUGCGCAGGUCGUUAAGAGGGCUAUCGAUGGUGGGCUGUUGAUGCCUAAGGAGAAAUAA